GCGACCUUCUCAAACGAGAUCUGCUGCGAACAAAUUCUUUAAGCGGGGUUUUUAGUGUUAAUUACACAUAAUGCAAAGGCAAGGAAAAGUGGUCCAUAGGGCCGAAGUGGAAGCUGAAAAAAGAGCAAUAAUCCGCAGUGAUACCCAAGAUUUACUUGUUAUUCAAAGAGAAGGAAACUUCACUUUCAGAUGUGUGGAUUGCCUUUACAACCCGACCGUCUGUUUGAAAUCGUUUGUUACUCCUUGCAUUGCCCAUGGUGAAAAUGCUGAAGAAAUAGGCUUGGGAGAAAAAUCCAGACACACACUGCUAUGCCUUCUUUCGCCAUUGUGGUACGGGUCGAGUCAUUCUGUUGGCAAAGCAAAGACAAUCUAUAGGCAAAAUAAUACGAUACCAGGACUCGUUUCAGACGAUAACUGUUUGGGAUGCAUUGUGCCGUGCCUAUUGAUUGCGCAACUGCGUAAUGAAUUAAAUGAAAGGCAACGAGAGGAGUCUUGGGUUAAACAAGCUAUCAACGAGGGACAAUCAAUUUCACGGGACUGACACCUGAACUACAAAGUUUCUACAUGAAAUAAAAAAAAAUGUAAAUUUGUUUGUUUUUGGAAUAUAUUUGCGAAUAAAACUUUCAGUAUUGUUAUGUUU